UUCAGUCUUCGGCCGACGCUACUUGUCGCUAGGUAUGUCUCGAGCUAACAAACAGACCAGAAUAAAAUGAAAAGUGACACCGACAACGAGCAUACCGAAGAGAAAGACAAAUCGAAGGGCAAGCGGCCCAAGAAGCUGGUGAUACCGCCGAAAUCGAAGCCGAAGAGGUCGUUCAUCGCGAAGAAGCUGAAGCUGAGGAGCAAAUCGUUGCAGGAGAAGCAAGAAAUCAAGGAGAUCUCCCGCAUACCGCUGCCCAAUACUUCUUCGGACGAGCGGCAGACGCCCGAAGGGGAUGAGAAUCUUAUGUUGACCAGAUCCGCUUCGGACACCAACCUGCAGGAAUCCUGGAAGAGCGCCGAAAAGGUGGAGGAAAGUAGUAAAACGGACUUGCAGCCGGAACGCACAAAGUCCUUAGAGGAUUUCCAAAACAUGCCUGCUUACGGGGAGUUGAUUGUAGAUCAGAACCCGCUACCGUCGACGUCAAAUGCAAAUCAGUCGACGGGCAAACUAAAAGAUCACUUGUACAAAAUCUUGGUAAUUGGAGACGUGGGUACCGGAAAAACAUCGAUAAUCAAACGCUACGUUCACCGUUUCUUUACCCAACAUUACAGGGCUACGAUCGGAGUGGACUUUGCGUUGAAAGUAAUCAACUGGGACGAAAAUACUCUAAUAAGACUUCAAUUAUGGGAUAUCGCAGGUCAAGAGCGUUUCGGAAACAUGACGAGGGUUUAUUACAAGGAAGCAGUCGGGGCUUUUAUUGUUUUCGAUGUGACUCGCAAGGAAACAUUCGAUUCCGUUGUUAAUUGGAAGGCAGAUCUGGAUAGCAAGGUGCAAUUUCCUGAUGGAUCGAAAAUACCCUGCGUUCUGCUGGGCAAUAAAUGCGACCGGCAGAAGGAAGGCAUCGUAGCCUCACCGAGCAAAAUGGAGGAAUAUUGCAGGGAGCACGACUUCAACGCCUGGUUUGAAACGUCUGCUAAAGACAACAUAAACAUUGAUGAAGCUGCCAGAUGCCUCGUGGAAAAGAUUUUGGCUUGUGAUUCUCUGCUGGAAAGCGAUUCCAAAAGGCCUUCGGAUCAAUUUGCCCUCACGAAAGACGGCAAUAGGCCAGGGACGAAGAACUGCGCUUGUUAUAGAAAAUAAACGCCGCAGUGUUGUCUUGUUAAUUUUGUUUUUAUAUAAUACCAUGGUCGCGAAUAUUUCUGUUUCGAGUACAUUGUAGGCGAAUUGUAAAUAAAUAUUGCAAUCAAACACUAUUCGUAGUGUGUACUUAAAUAUUUUUUACCGUUUAAUUGCUUCUAUUCUGUUUCUAUUUUUGUAUUUUUUAAAUUUGCGCUGGCGUGUACCCAAAUAGACACUUUUAAUAAAAUUUCUCUAUUCAAA